UGCAAAAGCUGCGCCCAAUAAAAUAGAAGCGCCGAAAGUAAUUUUUAAACACUAUUUUAUUUAAGCCAAACCAGCACAAACUGAAUAUAUCACAAGGAUUUCUGAAAUAAAUAACAAAACAAGCUAAAUAGUAUAAUCAGAAUCAAAAACUAAAGUGUCUUCUGCAUCAUAAAAGCUGUUUCUGGAGGUGCUUCGACAGACUGGAGUUGCUGUUUAUCGCAGUAGAUAGGACCUUCGAACCAGAAAGACACAGCCUACAUUUGACUAAAAGGUUUUUGUCUUUAUGCUCAACUAAAGUGAAAUAAUGAGCAUAUUUCCACUUUGAGAAACUCGUCUUUCACAAUAAACAGAAACACGCCCACAGCGCGGCAUCCACCAACCCUACAAUGCGUCUCUGCUGUAAACAGGCUUUUUGUUGAUGCGGAAAUGGAUUGCUGGUGGAAUGUGCACAAGUCAAGCUCGCCUUGACGGUAAAACAGUAUUGAUUACUGGAGCCAACACUGGCAUUGGCAAAGCAACAGCACAGGAUAUGGCUCGCCGAGGGGCUCGGGUGGUGAUGGCCUGCCGGGACCUGAGACGGGCUGAAAUCGCUGCGCAAGAGAUACGGCGAGCCACAGAAAAUGGAAAUGUGGUCAUCCGACACCUCAAUCUAGCCUCCCUUUAUUCCAUUAAUGAGUUUGCCAAAGAAUUUAUAGCCACAGAGGAACGGCUGGAUAUUCUCAUCAACAAUGCAGGUGUAAUGAUGUGCCCCAAGUGGAUCACAGAGGAUGGCUUUGAGGCACAGCUAGCUGUCAAUCACCUUGGCCAUUUCUUACUUACCAAUCUUCUGUUGGGAAUUCUCAAGCGCUCCGCCCCAAGUCGUGUGGUGAAUGUGUCCAGUAUUGCACAUGUUGGCGGAAAGAUUCAUUUCGAUGAUCUAUUUUUUGACAAGAGGCAAUACAACUCUCUGGAAAGCUAUAGGCAGAGUAAGCUGGCCAAUGUGCUGUUCUCCAGACAACUUGCUCAGCGGAUGAAAGGUACUGGGGUGGCCUCCUACAGCUUGCACCCUGGAGUGAUCCAUACGGAGUUGAGCCGACAUGUGAAGUCUAAGUACCCCCUGCUAAGUUCUGUACUCACACUCUUUUCCUUCCUGCUGAUGAAGACGCCCUGGCAGGGAGCGCAGACUUCCAUCUACUGUGCUGUGACAGAGGGUCUGGAGGACAAGUCAGGAUGCUAUUUCAGGGACUGUGCUGUGAAGGAGCCUGGCCCAGAAGCUAAAGAUGAUGAGCUGGCACAGAGAUUGUGGGAUGAAAGUGCUCGACUGGUGGGUUUGACUACAGUGCAGUAGUCUCAUCUACACCUGCUUCCAAUUCUGCAAAGAUAUGAAGUGGUUUCCUCAUAAAAUCAAACUGUAUGGAUUUUAUCUGGUACCACUGCUGCACAAUACAUGUAGACAACAGUGCCUAGUUCAACCUCAUGAAUAGUACCACACAAUUAUACUUGUUGCUUGAUUAAUCCCCUCAAAUUGCAACCACAGUGCAAUUUGCAUUCAAAAUUUCAUUGCUUACACAUGAUUUUUCAAUCAGAAUCUUAGGUUGUAUUUCUUUUGUUGUGUUCCUGUUCCAACUUUAUUUUUAGGUGACGCUCUUCUGUAAUGUAAUGCAUUAAAAGGUUUCUAUCUAUACACACAUUAUGAUGUCCAUAUAGGGUUCAUACAUGUACACAAUAAAGAUAUGUACAGUAUAA